AUGAAUAGUGGACACAAUAAUCCCAAUACUUUCUCUUCGGGGUUUAAUCAGUCUCCCCUGCAAAAUCAAUCACCCCUGCAAAAUCAAGACCAAUCUAUCUAUAGACAGCCUUAUAACUCCAACUCUCUUUACUCUACCCCUUCUAGAUACGGUACUGUUGAUAAUAAUGCCCCAAUUAAACUCCCACCAAGUACUCCCAAUACUUCCCGGGAGACUUAUCGUGUUAUCAAAGAGAGUACACAUACACAAUCAGGUACUCCUAUGGAUCUUAUCUCUAUUACUGCUAUGCCUGUUUAUAAAGAGUACUCCUUAGAAGAGUUAAGAGCAGCUGAUUAUACUGUUAAUCGUAAAGGUAAUAUUCAACGUAUACCCCAGUAUAACUCUUCUUCUCCUUCUACUUAUAAUACAACUGGAUCUUCAGCCUUUAUGAAACAACCGAGUAGUUCUCUUUAUAGUAGUACGCCUGGUAGUUCAUUUAGUACGGGGUAUCAGUCUAAGCCGGAGAGUAGUAGUGGUGGAUUUGGAGGGUUUAGUAGUAGUAAUAGAUUUGGCGGUCAGACUUUUGGUGGUCAGAGUAGUAGUAGUAAUUCUUCUUAUCUCCCUAGUACAUCUAAUACUAAUCAGGGUAGUAAUAAUAAUACAAUGAUAAGAUCUAGUGGAGGUUUUGGUAGUGGGUUUGGUAAUCAAAAUACUAGUAAUAAUCAGACUUUUGGUAAUCAAAAUCCUAAUCAGACUUUUGGUAAUCAAAGUAGUGGGUUCUUUUCUACUCCUAAUGCAUCAACUAGUUCUUUAGGUGGUAGUGGUGGGGGUGGAUUUACUGGGGGUAGUAAUAGGUUAGGGUUUGGACAGACUCAAGGUGUAAGUAGUAGUACUCAGCCGGGGUACAGUACUGGGUUUGGGCUGGGUAGUUCUAAUCAAAAUCAAGUAGGUGCUAAUCAAAAUCAGGUAGGGGUAAAUCAAAAUCAACUGGGAGUUAAUCAAAAUACUAAUCCUUUUGGUCAACUGAACUCAACUCAACCCAAUCAAAAUCAAAAUCAACUGGGUACUAAUCAAAAUACUAAUCCUUUUGGUCAAUUGGGUAAUUCUAAUCAGGUAGGGAUAAAUCAAAAUCAAAAUCAAAAUACUAAUCCUUUUGGUCAAUCUAAUCUGAGUGGGUUAGGGAGUGGUAGUAGUACUUCUGGAUUUGGACUGAAUAAUGCAGUGGCUGGUAGUGGUAGUACUAGUGCUUUUAGACCGGCAGUGACUGCUCAGGCUUCGCCUUUUGGUACGCCGACUGGUCAGUCGGGUUUAGGUUUGGGUCAGACUAAUCAGUCUUUUGGACUUAAUAGUCCUUCACAAUUAGGUCAAGAUAUGAAUAAGCCUGUUUUAUCUGGAUUUUCAACUGGUAAUUUGAAUCAAAAUUCUAAUCAAAAUCAAUCUUUCUUAUCUACAUCUAAACCAAAUGAACAAAUUACUAAUCAAAAUAAUACUGGUCUUACUCCUAGUUCUAAUCUAAAUCCAACUGGUAAUUUCUCUUUCAACUCAGCUUUGAAUCCUUCUUUAGGCCAGUCCUUAUCUAAUCAGUCAACUUCUGGUUUUUCUUUAUCUAAUACUAAUCCUUUAGGCUCCGGCUUAGGCUUAGGCUUAGGCAGUACUGCGCUUAAUAAACCUGUGGAAACACCCGGUAGUACUACUAAUCCUAGCUUAGCUAGUCAGUCUUUUGGUAAUACGUCUUUUUCGUUUGGGCAAGUUAAACCUUUAAGUACAACUACAAGUACGACCGGUUCUACUCCUAGUAAAAACAAUGAUCCUUAUCUCUUAUCUGCUAUCAACUUCAAAGAAUGUGAUGAUUAUGAAAAAAGAAAACAAAUUGAAGUUCCCCCUCUUAUCUUUGAAAAGGCUCCUCGUACAAAAAUCAAGUUCAAAACAACGGCUCCUUUUAAAUCUCUUUCAGUUGAUAAACCUUUAGUUCCAGUUGAUCCUAAUGAAAUUCCUGAAAAUGAAAUCAAUCAGUACUAUACUAUCCCGCCUUUAGAUCAACUUAAACAAAUGAAAGAUAAGAAAAUCAAUGGUUUAGUAGUGGGUAAAAAAGGAGCUGGUUAUAUUGAGUUUAAAUGUGAGAUAGAUUUGAGUGAAGUAGAUCUAGAUACGAUUCCUAAUGACGUACAGUUUAGUAAGGGUGGAAUUACUAUGUAUUCUGAUAAAGAUAUUGAUGUAGGAGUUGGUCUGAACAAUCCGGCUAAGAUUGUGCUGGAGAAUGUCUUUGCCUACAGUAAGUCAACGGGACUGAGUCUCUUAGGGAAGCGAACGAGUCUUCCGGAGAAGGAAAUGCAGGAGUAUAUCAUUAAUAAGGCGGCUAGUAAUGGCCGAGCACGAAUUAUCAGUUAUAAUUAUGAAACUGGAGUUCUGGAGUUAGAAUGUGAUCAUUUCUAG